UCAAUAUAAAUUUACAGGCUAUCGAAACCUCACCCAAUCUUCCGCUGGUGAGAGAGAGAGAGAUGGGUGGAGGAAUCCUGCGAUCCGCCGCGAAAGCAGCGGCCCUCAUCGGCUACCGUUCGGUCGGCCAUCCGGCGGCGUCGAGGGCCUCCAGGCCGUCCUCCGCGGUUGUCUCCGCCGUGGCGCCGGCGACCGAGGCAGGGCCGUCGAUCUCCGUCGCCUCUUCUCAUAACGGCCUCCUGGAGGCGGCUCCUGAGAUCCAGGGGCUCGCGUGGGAGUUCGACGACUGGGAGGUCGCCGAUUGGGAAGAGGAGGAGAAGGAUGUCACGCUCGAUUCGCUGCAUCCGGCCCCGAGGCUCGUGUUCGGGCCCGUGGCCUCGCUGGAGGAGGCCAAGGAAGCGACUUCCGAUCUCAAAGAUGCCCUCGACAUGGUAUAUUCCACCCCAGACACCAAUGAGUCUACUGUUCAAGCUCCUCAAGAGUCUACUCACAGUGAAGCUUCAUCCAUCGUCCCAUCAGCGCCAAGACAUGUUGUUCAGGCUUUUUCGCUGCUGCGAGGAAGCCCUGAAGUUCAGGAUGUUGUUGCUUCACUUGCUUCUGAUGAGAAUGUUUGGAAUGCUGUAAUGAAGAACGAAAAGGUCAUGGAAUUUUACAUAACUCACCAGUCAAUUGCUCUCAAUUCUGAAUCAGAUGUUGCUGAUGAUUGUGAAUCUUCUACCGCUGAAACAACCCCAAACUCAGUCUUUUCAGACUUUGUGCAUAAUGUCAAGGUGAAGGUGGUAGCCAUGGUUAGCAACAUCACCAGCUUCUUUCAAGAAAUUUUACAGACUUUAGGAAGGAGUUCCAGCUCAACCAGCACAAACACUGAUAAACCAUUUGUCGACUUCACUAUCGGUUCAUCUUUUAUGGCUCUAGCAAUUGCCACCAUCUUGGUAGUCUUGCUCAGGAGAGGAUAAAUCUCAGAAAACAAUGGAAUAAAUUGAGAUGCAGUCGGUUAAUAAUGCCCACUAUGGGUAAGGAUGCUCGGAGAACUGUCAACUUGCUUGCUUGUGUCAAUGCCUACAAACUCAUUAAUAUAUCAAGUCAUGUUUA